CCUGAGCUAUGCAGCAAGAGGAACCUUACAAAAUGGAUGCGUCUAAACUUUCUGUUUCUAUUUCGUAAAGCAGCACCGAUCAGUCGCUUGCGCUCGCUAACGAAGGGAUCCUGGACAUAACCUGUACUCACAUGGCGACUUGUUGGAGAGGCGGAUUUUUACUGCGGCUGGUGAAAGUCACCGAAAACAGAGUUCAGCCUAAAACGUCGGAGGGUUGAUGACUUUAUAGUUCUUCCUGGUUGCAGAACACUUUUCCUGACUAUAACCAUCGACGCUGGCAAUGCUCGCUGUGUGUCUCGCUUGGUGAAAUACUUGGCACAGAAUCGCAUGGAGCAUUAACAUCUUGUUCGAGUUUGUGGCGAUCGAGCAGGCGAAAGUCCUUACAGCCACGCGUCGUAAGGACCCAACAAUGCCGUUUUUCAAGAGGAAAAAAGGGAAAAGACUGACCAAAGAAAAACAAUUUUCAGCGAUGGAAAGCGAGAAUGCUGCGUCCGAAGCAGUGUCUCUCACAUGGCUAUUGGAACCAGUGCUGCCGGGCUCCGGAAAAUUCCAGGAUGACAUUCUGCCUGCCCUGCAGAGGUCCUACAUGUACUCUGAGUCCAAGACCUGUUUCCGGUAUAGCUCUGCCCACCUGAUCAACAAUGCCGCCCUGCAGAAAGAGUACCAAGCCUUCCGGGCAGAGAAGAGAGGGAGGGCCUACACUGAAGAGGAGCUGGAGGAGUCAUUCGGCUUCCUGCUAUUUGACCAUGAAGGGAAGGCAAAGGAACUGUCUGAACGUGGCUUAGUGGUUGGACACAGCACCUGCUCCACUCUUGGAGAUCCUUCCAAAGGUGUUUACAUCUCAAAGUACUCUGACUGCCUGGACUUCAACCCCUGGUACCACGGAAAGUCUGGCUACAUCGCCAUCCUGAGGCUGACAAAGGGGAGAGUGAGAACGGUGAUGGAAAACUACACCCGAAACUUCACCCUCCCAUCACCCGGCUUCGACUGCCAUGAGUCGGAACAGAUCGGCGCUGUGUCGUCAACCACCAGCUCCUUCUUGGCCUACGAGCGCACGCAGUACUACCUGUACGAAGCCUGCGGACAGGGAGAGGGCAUGGUGGCACGGCCCAGACAUGCCUUGCCAUUUGCCAUAGUGGAGUUCUCAUAUGGAGAGACCAAGCCCUGCGCAGAGGUGUUACAGGAGAAAAGUGUAGAAAAACCAGUGGUUCACUACUACCCUUGGAGGGGCCAGCUCCAGAUCCAGUCCCUUAUCUACCAUGUAGCCCUGAGGUCUAACGCUGGAGCACUGAUCCCAGCACAGCUACCUGAGACACUAGCAACUGACCACGUUAUGCAGCUCUCAGACCUGAGGAAACUGUUGCCCCAGGGCUUCUUUGAAACCUGCUUUACUGGUGAAGUGUCCCUUGAAGGCAGGUUCUACACUGUGUUCGAGGUGGUCACGUUGGUGGCCGACGAUGCAUCAGUCCGAGUCCUCACCCAGGAGCUGAAGGAAAAAGAUCUGGCCCUUCUUGUGCAGUUGAACGAUUCUGGUUUCCUGGUGCUGUUACACUCCUCUUGCUUUCUUACAUAUGAAGGUAAGAAUAUUAAAAACCCCAUGUCAGAAAGGACAGAGACACUGCUGGCCAUGUUUGUGUUUCCUGACUCAAGAACAGUGCAGAAAGCAACAAAGAUUAUGAGGUCCAGCUCCGCCCUCUCGCCAGAGGUCAUGCAGAUCCUGCCAGGGUUGAACUACGCCGAGACCGAGGUGGAGAAAUGUCCUCCUGACCAGCAGGAGGCGCUGUGCGAACUGGUGGAGCAGCGCUUACAAAAUUAUGCCGCCCUAAUCCAGCCUGGAAUGUUGGAUAGCCCAUCUAGGGAGGCGAGUGGCUUUCCAGACCAGUAUGACAUGCCAGAGGUGUUCAAGCACCUGUACAGCGCCCCCAAGUGUGGGGAAGCAACAUUUCGGCAGCUGCAGGCCUACCUGGGCCAGCCAGAUGCUUACACCCUGCCUGUUGCCAGAGCUGUAGAGCUGCUGGCGGUGGGACGGGGGGAGAAUGAUGAUGACUCAGACGUUAUCUACUGCUGCCUCUCCUCCCCAGAGGAGGUCCCAGCUACCCCUGCAAGUUUCCCUGGUGAUGGGAAUCCAGAGGAGAGUCAGAGGCAGAGUGACGGCCAUGUUGAGGGGGUGGGGAUGGAGGGUAGAGCUGUUCCAGAGGGAGACGCAGAGGGUGGAGCCGGUCAUCACCAGGAGGGAGAGGAGGAGGCGGCGUUGCCCAUUGCAGCGUCCCAGCCACCAAUCCCAGAGGUCCAUGGGGCACUGGGCACAGCGGUGCUGACCUACGCCGAGCCUUCUGUGGAGGUGACGGAGGCCACGCCCACGCCCAUGUCAGGGGACCUGCCCAUUGACCUCAGUGCGGUCGCCGCUGGGAACAGAGCUGUGACAUCACAGCCCGGUGAUGUGCCGGUCCGUGAGACUGGCAUGGAAGGGUCAGCACAGGGAGGGGUUUUCACCAGUUUCACUGAAAAGGCUGGUGAUUCGCUCGGUGCAAAAGGCCGCCAUGCUGCGGAGAGCAUAUCACUAGUCCAGACAUUGCCAGGGGCCAGACCUCCCACAGGUCCCACUAGGAGGACAGCCACCAGGCGGACCAGGAGGAGGAAGAAGAAAAUCUCAAAUCCUGCACAGCCAAAGGCCCUGGCGAAAGAUCCCAGGGUUGAGGAAGAGGCAGCCAUGAUGCAGCCACAGACCCUGAAAAGGAAGGGCUUCCGGUAUGGGCUGAAAACCAUUAUCACAGACUGUGGUAGGGUCUUCAUUCCACAUGGCUCAGAAAUCCUCCCCAAGGACAUCAUGUCCCUGACAGAGAUGCAGACUGUGAACAGUAAAUGUUUGGAGGAUGUAGCUGCAGAACCAGCAGGAAACCCUUCCUCACCUGUAGAGACAGCCAAUAGACAGGCUGUGUCCACAGAAAUGGCAAAAGGACAGGCCCCACCCAUGGAAACAGCUGACAAACAGUCCCCACUCAUGGAGACAGUGAACAGACAGACCCCACCCACAGACACAGCUGACAGACAGACUACACCCAUAGAGACAGCUGACAGACAGACCUCACCUAUGGAGACAGCUGACAGAAAGGAAACGGGUUUGUCCUGUGAGCUUCUGGUAGGCACAGUGGUCUCUCCUCUGGUUGUAGCUGACCAAAACAAAGACCCAGAGAACAAAAUACCUCCCGAUAAAACCGGUUUGGAGGGAACAGCUGUGACAAAAACAUUAAUUUCACUAGGGGAACUGAGGACGAUUCUUCAAAAGGGAAAAAGGAGAAAGGCUCGAUCUCUUGAUGACCAGACAUUUGCGGCUCUGAAAGAGCCCCCCCCCGUUAACAGUGAACCACAGCACAAGAGAAGCAAGAGAGACGCUUGUCCGGAGAAUGACCCGCAGAAAGCUAACCGUAACUGUGGAAGCACCGUUUCUCCGGUGGGGACACACCUCUUGCAGUCAGAGUCCAAGCUCAUGAACAUUUUGGGUUCAGAUCCCAAGCUGCUGGAGAAAACACAGAGGGCAGAGGGAAGCCCCAAGGAUGGAACGCGGCCGAGGAGGAAUUCGCCGAGGAGGAAUUCGCCGAGGAGAGCGGAUGUCGUGAAGUCCUCCCCACGUUCCGACGAAGCGCUGAAAGCCGCGGCUCCGUCCACCACCGUGGCGGAGCUCGUAAAACUCGUCAAGCCGUUCAAAAAGCGACUGAGGAGCAGAAUAACCGAGUGCAUAAAGGAGAAUGGGUGGUUGAAUUUUGGCACUUCUGCCUCACAGGACAGUGAAAAAGUAGUCCAGGCUCAGACGCAGUCACUCAGAACUGCCACUAGUGGGCACCGCAUGGGCGCUGGCAGGGCCAGCCUCAACUCGGACUGGGGUCCCCCGAGUCAGUGCCAGCCCUCAGACGCGCUCACCUUGUUGGCUGAUUUGGCCCUUGGUGGCAGCGGUGACGAGACCAUAGAGAAACUCACCCCGGUUCUCGGAACUAAGCUUUCUGGGAGGGGGCGAAGACAUCCCCACAGGCGUAAGCUCCCGCCCAAGUCCUCAGAAUCCGAGGGCCUGGUGGUUAGCGGGGAGCUGGUUUUGGUGAUCUCCAAAGAGCACUCGUACUCACUGCCCCCCUCCUGUCUGCUGUUGGGUUUGUCAGGUGAGCCCCUCCAGGUUUCUCCCCCGGACAGCACGGAAACCUCUCUCCCGUCUGGCCAACAGGGGCCGCCGCAGCACGCGGACAAAGACGAUGCCGCCCCGUUGUGUCCGGAGGAGAGAAGCAGAGAGGAGGUGACAAGCUUGCCCCCUGGCAGCGCACCUCCGAAGCACUCGGUCUCGGUACGGCAUAAGAGGGGGCGCAGCUGGUUCCGGAGGGUCGUCCAGGCGGGCGAAACAAUCCGUGUGACAAGGCUGUGGAAGGAGAAGUACGAGUUCAAUCACGACAGCAAGUACACCAAUGACCCUCUGGACAAAACAGUGAUACGGGCCUUGCACGGACCGUGGGAUUUCCGCAUUGAGGAGACUAUCGAUCAGGCCCGUCUCAUUCUCCACAUGUGGAUCGGGCUCUUCUACAGCCGCUCCACCACCAGGUUCUUCCAGACUGACCCGAACGGACCCGUUCUGGAGGGCCCACCCCCCGCCGAGAGGCUUCAGGAAGAGUCGCAGGUUAAAACUGGGGCACAGGGGGUCACGCCUGACGCCUUGCCCGGUUCUGAGAUUGGCAGGGACCCCUCUGAGAUGCAACACCAUGCCCCCCCUGCCUUUACACCUCCUCCAGAAUCUGAGGCUUUGGACUUGAGGGAGGAGAGCAAGAAAAAAGCAGAGCCCUUACUCCCUGCUCCCAAGGUGUUGGACCUGUCACAAAAACGCUCAGAGGUUUUAGACCUCAGUGUCACUUCCAAACCAGUCAGAGAGGCCUGUCCUUCUACCAGCAGCCACACAGAUCUUGCCAAAACCCCUCCCCCGCAUUCGAUACACAAACCUACCCCGAGAAGGUACAACUGGACAAUGUACUCCUACUAUCCCAGCAAAGACACUUACUUUCAUUUCAACAACCAGAAGUACAGAGCAAGUGCUGAUAUACCUGAUGAAACCAGUGAACAGGGAGAUGACAACAAUGAUAGCUGCCUUGAAGAUGACAAUGACAGAUACAACCUUACUUGCUCAGAUACAACCGAACCCGUGGAAAAUGAUGCCAUUUAUGCUCAGCUGUGUGAGCGCAUUGCAAGUGUGCGCAUUUCGAGAGGGAAGCUCUUUAACGGAACCCACAGAGCUACGUUCGACUGCCUGACUGCCCAGUUUCUCGACAGAGAAAGAGAUGAAACUGGAGGGAGAAGAGAGAGGACUUUGUACGUCCAGCCGUGUAGGUUGACUGACGUCAAUUGCACAGCAGCUGAAGCACCUGAGCCGGCAGGUGCCAGUGAGAGUACUUCCAUCAAAGGCACAAUAACCACAGCAGAGGGUGAACAGGGUCUCUGCGGCGAAGGCAAAGUAAGCCUGACAAUGCACAAUGAGAAGGAUCUGAGUGAGGAUGAGGAGCACACGGCCGCACAAACUGUGAAUGACAUCAGUACAGGAAAGCACAGGGAGGUGCCUGAUGGGAACGGCUCCUUUAAAUUCAACGUGCACACUGCAGUGAAUGAUGGGAAUGGUUUUAAUAAUGGUGAGAAGCACACGUCGGUAUGUGAGAAUGACACUGGGGAAGGUGAGGAGAACAGAGCAGUGCCCAGUGAGAUUGCUGUUAGCGCAGGUGAGGAGCAUCCAGGAGUGCAAGAUGGGGUUGAUUUUCAUAAAGGUGGGGAGCACAUAGUGGAUGAAGGGAAAGGUUUUAGUGAAGGUGAGGAACAUACAGAAAUGCAUCAUGGGACUGAUUAUUAUAAAGGUGGGGAGCACACAGUAGUGCAUGAUAGGAAUGAAUUUAGGAAAGAUGAGGAACGCACAGCAAUGCAUCAUGGGAGUGAUUGUUAUAAAGGUGGGGAGCACACAGUAGUGUGUGAUGGGAAUGAUUUUGGUCAGGGUGAAGAACACACAACAACGCAUGGUGGGAUUGACUCUAAUAAAGGUGAAGAAGACAGAGCCUUACAUGAUCUUGAUGAACUGCAUGAUGGGAACAGUUUCGGUCAAGAAGAGGCACCCACACAGGGGAAUGACUCCAGCCAAGUCCAUGACUUAGACACAAGACCAUUUGACAACAGAAGCCCUACUCCUACACUGGACGAACUGUCUUGUGACCGUAUUCUCGACAGCAGUGAGAGAGAGAUUCACACAGCUUUGUAUGAUGCCAAUACUUUCCACAGAGUCUUUGAACCAGCGGAAAACACCAGCCAAAGCUCCACCCCAACACAAGAUGAAAUUCCCUGCAGUCAGAGCCCUGACCAUGAUGAUAGCCGUUCACUGCCAGACGGCCUACUCCACAAUGAGGUUGACCCAAACAGUGAGGUUUUAUGUGCACCGGAGAUGCAACAGAGUGAUCCUGAUCCUUGUCUCAGCAACACACACUUAUGCACACAGGAAGAACCACAUGUUAUGGACAGUCCCAUUUCCUGCAGCAGUACCACCUUGAACCAGAGCUUGUCAGAAAACAGCUUUGAGCUCCAUUCUAGCAGCAAUAAUGAGACAUUAGACAGUGCUACCGCACCUGCCGAGGUUCCAGUCUGUAGAGAUCAUGAACUACUUCCCACAGUGCCUCAAGUUGACGGACCAAGUCCAAACCACACUUGCUCAUCCGAUUACGACAGCAUUACAGACUCCAAAGAGGACUCUGUCCUUCAGGAACCUACCUGUUCUGACUCACUAUACAGAGAUCAUAAAUCUAAUAACCAUAGCAAACCCACAGGCAACAUCCAGAACCCCUCACCCAACGACUAUGAGCCUUGUUCCAACAGCUAUCAUGAACCCGAGCAUAACAGCAUUGCAUCCAUAGUAGAUCCUCAGUAUGGUGAUCACGAAUCCAUUCCUGCAUCUGCUGAUAAUUUGCACAGUGAUCAGAAACCAGCUCUUAAUGGCGUCCAUGCAGCUAAGCUGGACACAGAGUCCUGCCAACAGCCGUCCAGUCCUAAGCACAACACCACAGAGUUCUCCCUGUCCGGUACAACCAGUAAGAAUGUGUCUUCAGGGGAGAUGCCACAACAGGGUCAGGACAGUAGCUGUGACCCUGCAGAGGACUUAUGGCAGUGUCAUCACAGACCUUCCUCAGGCAGCAACGACAGGAACAUAGAGGACAUGCAGGACACUGACUAUGCGGCAGUUCCAAAUCAUAGACAUUGGAGGCUAAGCUCAGAGCUCUGUAAGACUGUAAUACCUCCCAAAAGCAAUUAUAAUUUCAGAAAUGACCUAAAAACACUUUGGUCAGAUGGAAAGGAUAAAUCUGCAGAGAAUGUGUGCCACAGCAGUUCUGAAACCUUUUCCAAGAAUAAGCACAGCCCCACCCAAAGCUCACCUGCUGGCCUUUGCUCAGACAGCAGCUAUGCUUCAGUGCAAGACUCAUUGCAAAGAACACCUGAACCCUUGGAUGCCUGCAGUCAGAGAGGAAGCGUGCAGCACGGCUUUCGAGAUCACAGGUCGUGUAGCAGUCAUUCGUCCGCACAUGAUCCACCAGCGCACCGCUCUCGCAAACCCAGCCCGAGCAGCAAGCAACCCAUCAUGGCCUUGAGGCCGUGCAAGAGCGAGGUGCCCGAGGGAGAUGGCGUUAGCGUGCUGCUCGAGGCUGACAAAAUGAAAAGUCCUGAUAGCGUGGAGGGAUCCUAUGAUGCAGCUGCCAAAUACGCAGGCAGGCUGAGAAAAAGGCGUCACCAGCAGGAGGAAGAGUAUGAGGAGGAAGAGUACGGCAUGCGAAUUUACAGGGAAAGUGUGAGUUCUGGAAGCCUCUCUGCUGAAAUCAAUGGUGAUGAAGCCGCAGGAAGUCCCACUGCUGAUAACGUAAGUGGGUCAGACUCGAGUCGUCAGUGGAAUGACCAGGAAGCUGAUGAUGUGUUGGGGCACACUACCACACAACCCUGCACAGGCUUCCCUUACCAGAGUAAGGAUGAAUGGGACAAUCAUGAAAUGGUGGAAGCAUUGGACUACAGCAAGACUAGACCAAUGAGUCUCAACUCUAAUGAAAGUGAAGGCCUGGGAAUGAAUCGGGUGUCAUUUCUGGGCCAUCGCACAGAAAGCAGUGCAAAGGAAACGGACUGGCUGUCCUAUCGCAGAAGUAGGAAACGAGAAGGUUCGAGUCAGAGCUGGGUAUGCAAGAAAGAGGGGAAAAGUGACAGCACUGCCAUGACACCUUCCAUCAUCACCGUGCUGGAUCACAGAGGAAACCGGAAGACUUACGAAAACUACCCCAUUGUGAAAACCGUGUCCAGUGAGCACACCAGGACAAUCCAGAACUCCAGUAAGGGGAGCGGUCACUUUUACAGCUUCUUCCAGAGAUGGGACGAGCUGCAUCACUCAAAGCCUGAUCUCACCCAGUCCUCCCUGGACCUCGAGUACCUCAUCUUCUCCGAAAAAAUGAGCCAGAUGCUCAAGAAGGACCAGAGAAUAAGCAGCUGCUCCAGUUCCACGCGCUACCCCUGGCGGAAGCGCACCGCAUCAGAUGCAGACAGCGCCCCCUGUGACAGCCCUAUGAGAGUGCAGUUUUCUGGACUGAAGGAUUGUAUCUCAGAGGGUCCACACGAUGCCCCGAUGUCUCUCAUUAAGCGGAAGAUAAAGGUUGACAUGCCUGAGAGGGCGGGACUGAGGGUGCCCAAACCCAACGACUGCUCCUCUUCUGCAGCCUCUGAAACACCCCUGCGACUGAGACUGCCCUAUGCAAACGGCGUUGUGGAGCCCUGCCCUGCGGUGUCGAACAUCGUCGCGGAGUGCACCCGCACGUACCACGGCAUGAUGAACGACGUCUGCUCAGGCACGAAGCUCCAGCGAGAACCUGAGAGGUUCAAGAAGGAGAGGAGCUCUGAGUGGCACAGUGCUGACUUUUGCAGUCAGACAGAGGACAUGACCAUCACUCUGCACGACGACCUGAACACCAUCGUCAGGCAGUCCUUUAAAGUCAAGUUUCGGUUCUAUAUCCUGGUGACGUCUGCAGAUGCAUUCUUUGAACAGACAAAGGAAGAGCUGGAGGCGGAGGGCCAUGUGUGUGUGGAGCCGGAGCAGUUUGACCUCGGCGGACGGAGUUGCCACACCCCUCUGCUCAUUAUCCUGCGCAAUGAAGACAUCGCUGAGCACGUCAGCGAGAUUCCUCACCUGCUGGAGCUCAAGAAGACCCCCAGCGUGCUGUUUGCUGGGGUGGACCGCCCAGACGAUGUUCUGAACCUCACCCACCAGGAGCUGUUCAGCCGGGGGGGCUUCGUGGUGUGUGACAGGGUAGCACUGGACACUCUGUCUCUGGACAACAUUAAGACGUUGGUGGGCUUCCUGGACGACCUGAGCAAGAAGGGGAAGUGGAAAUGGUUCCUACACUACAAAGACAGCCGACAGCUUAGGGAACGCGCACGGUCAAGCUCAGACGCUCGGGAGCUGAAACAAUUUGUGGACUACUGCCAGGAGGCUGGGCUUGUAGAGGUCUUGCCCUAUCACGAGUGUGAUAUCAUGUCCCAGGACCGGCCCGACUACCUCCACUGCCUGCUGCGUCUGCAGGUCCAGAAUGCCAUUGCACGCUUCCCUGUCUUCAUCACAGACACACCGGAAGAUUCUUUUGGAAAAUGUGGGAUUUUUGCAAUGAACAUCAAUACGUUUUUACGGAUUUCGAAGAGUGACACCUGCACAAUUUUGUGAACAACAUUCAGGAAUUGUAUUGACAGCUUACAUGGCGACUUUUAAGCCACUGUCUUUCAUAUUCCUUACCUUUUAGUGCCUUUUAAUUACUAAU